CGUGUGUGUGUGUGUGAGGAGGUCUGUUCCAGAUGGACUUGAGUUUUACUCCUAGUUUUGUAACUUUGCCUUCACAAAUCAUACAGACUGAGUGGGUGGAGGCUGGAAUCCAUUACAUUGAAUAGAGAUCUGUGUGUUUGUUUGUAGGAGUUUAAAAAUAUGCCCAAAGGGUCUACAUCGAAUCCAAUACAUGGAAGAGUUACAGUAAAUGGACACAAAUCUUCCCAAGAUGAGACUCGGUCAGAUCCCAAUGGGAAACUGCCGAAUGAGGACAACAGGAAGGUGGGACUGGGAAAGAAGGUUACCUUGCUUCGAGGCAUAUCCAUCAUAAUCGGAACCAUCAUUGGGGCUGGGAUCUUCAUCUCUCCAAAGGGAAUCCUGAAGUACUCUGGCAGUAUAGGAAUGUCCCUGGUUGUGUGGAUUGGCUGUGGUGUGCUGUCACUCUUUGGAGCCCUGUCCUAUGCUGAGCUGGGGACCUGCAUUAAGAAGUCUGGUGGACAUUACACAUAUAUAAUGGAAAUCUUUGGACCUCAGAUGGCUUUCAUAAGGCUGUGGGUGGAUCUUAUUGCCAUAAGGCCUGCAGCUAUGGCAGUCAUCUCUCUGGCUUUUGGUCAGUAUAUCCUGCAGCCUCUGUUCAUGCCCUGUGAUACGCCCCCUUUGGCUGUCAAGCUGGCCACAGCAAUCGGCAUUACUUCUGUCAUGUACCUGAACAGUAUAAGUGUGACCUGGACAGCCAGAAUUCAAAUCUUCCUCACCUUCAGCAAGCUGCUCGUCAUCGCCAUCAUCAUAGUGCCUGGGCUGUACCAGCUCUUUAAAGGGGAGACCAGAAACUUUGAGAAUGCCUUUGAGGUCAACAAUAUGAAGCUGUCUGGUAUGCCACUGGCAUUCUACUCUGGGAUGUAUGCAUACGCUGGUUGGUUCUAUCUGAACUUUGUGACAGAGGAAAUAGAGUCACCUGAGAGGACUUUGCCGUUAGCCAUCUGUAUCUCCAUGUUUAUUGUGACCGCCUGCUAUGUGCUGACCAACGUGGCGUACUACACAGUGAUGUCAGCAGAGGAGAUCCUGGCCUCAGACGCUGUUGCUGUGGUGUUUGCAGAGAAGUUGCUGGGGAAAUUCUCAAUAGCUGUUCCAGUGUUUGUUGCCUUGUCCUGCUAUGGCUCAAUGAAUGGCUGCAUCUUUGCCUUGUCAAGAAUGUUCUACGUGGCAUCACGUGAAGGUCAGCUCCCGGAGGUUUUGUCAAUGAUCCAUGUCCGCAGACACACUCCACUCACUGCGGUUCUCAUACUGUACCCAAUGACCAUGCUCCAGCUGUUUGUGGGAGACAUCUACAGUCUGCUGAACUUCAUGAGCUUCCUGCGCUGGCUGUUCAUUGGUGUGGUGGUGCUGGGUUUAAUCUACCUCCGAUAUACGAAACCCGACCUCCCCCGCCCCUUUAAGGUCCCUCUCUUCAUUCCAGUGGUAUUCUGCCUUGCAUGUUUCUUCAUGGUCUUUCUGUCUCUGUACUCGGACCCAGUAAACACAGGGAUUGGAUUUGCCAUUUCCCUCACUGGCAUCCCAGCUUACUACAUCUUCAUCUACUUCAAUCAGAGACCAAAGUGGCUUCAGAGGGCUAUAGAUUCAUUCAACAGAACCUUACAGCUCAUCCUGGAGGUCGCCCCUGCAGAGCAAUAACAGCAACCAACACCGUAUUGUCUAUUUGAGUUAAAUAGUUUAACUCUGUAACAGCAAAAUUGGUGUCCACUCCAACAGACAUUUUAGGAUUCAAAGUGAAUUAUUUCACUGCUGAAUGUGAUUCUAUAUAAUGCAUUUUAUCACAAAAUCAAGACUUACAUGGAAAUAAGUAAUAAAAUAAAUCUACUGUACAUGUCACUGUUUUUUUAACAUUGUGAUAAUUCUUAUAACAGUAAAAGACCUUUUGAUUACCAUGUCCUUCUCAAUAAUCCAUACUGUUUCACAGCAAGUCCAAGCUAAUGGGGUUUUGUUACAUAGUAUCUUACUGACUCUUUGUAGGAAGGUUUGACUCAUGUUAUUAGUUUCCUUGAAGCGCAAGUACCCACAGACUCAGAUGUGUUUUAUGUACCUUUGUUCACUUUUAGUGGGUAAAAUGCCAAACACUGUGAAAUAAAGUUCAUGUCGUGAAAUUGAAA